AUGAGCCGAGCUUCGCAAUCCCAUUCCCAUUCCCAUUCCCAGAUGAAGCUGCUGCUGUCCAUCCUACUCCUUGCAGCGGAGACCGGUCAUGAGCAGACGAUGGGCGCCAUUGCUGGACAGCAGCCGCCGAUCACGCGCGAGGGCUGCCCCGACAAGUGCGGCGAGACGAGCAUCCCCUUCCCGUUCGGCAUGGCGCGCGGCUGCUUCCGGCCGGGCUUCCAGGUCGUCUGCAACCACUCCUUCCGCCCUCCUCGCGCCUUCCUCGCUGACAACGGCGGAAGAACGUACCAGCGGAUGAUGGACCAGAACUACACGGGGCCGUCGUUCAGGCCUGGAGAGCCCUUGCGCCGGAACAAGGCGGUGGAGCUCAUCGACGUGUCGGUCGACAAGAGCGAGGCACGGAUAUACACCGCGGUCAGCUCCAUCUGCAGCACUAGCGGCACCCACGCGGUGGGCAGGUAUGCGUUCACCUACCUGGACAAGGCAGGGCCGUUCCUCGCCUCGCCAGUCCGCAACGUCCUCGUCGGCGUCGGAGCAAGAGUCGAGGCCACCAUGGUGAGCAGCUUCGGUGAGACGGAGAAGGCGAUGGCCUACCGGCCGUCCUGCCUCUCAGACCUCGUGGGCAACCUGCAGUUCGCCACCGACGGGGAGUGCUCGGGGCGGGGCUGCUGCGUCGCCGUCUUGCCCCCGGAAGCGCCCCUCCUCACCAGGUUCGUGGCCGGGUUCAGGCCCCGCCACAGGAGGCCUGGGUGGGAAUCCAGCCCAUGCUCCUACGGCAUGGUGGUGCAGAGCUCCUGGUACAACUUCUCUACGCCGGAUCUGUACGGCUACGAGGCGCUAUCCGGCAGGCUCGCGAGGGGUGUGCCCGCCGUGCUCGAUUUCGCCAUCAGGAAAGGUACGUGCCCGCCCGACGGCCAGCAGCCACCGGCGGGCUACGCUUGUGUCAGCGGCAACAGCUCUUGCUCCAACGAGGCAAGAGGCUAUGUCUGCAAGUGCUCGGAACAUUACCAUGGCAACCCCUACAUCACCAAUGGAUGCCAAGACAUCGACGAGUGCAAGUUGCGAAAACAGAGUCAUGAGCUCAGACUCUUGUAUCCUUGCUCUGAUGACGGGAUCUGCAGCAAUAGGGUGGGAGGCUAUGAUUGUCGCUGCAAACCCGGAAUGAAAGGCGACCCUAUAAAAGGGCACUGUACGGAGAAAUUCCCCCUGCCAACAAAAGUGGUUGUCGGCAUUGCUGCCUUCAUUGUUGUCUCAGUGCUCAUGGUUAUGUCCCAUCAACUCCUAAAACUCAAAAGGUUCUAUGAGCAAAAUGGCGGUCCAGUACUAAAAGGUGUGAAGAAUAUACGGAUCUACAGAAGGAAACAACUGAAACAAAUAACAAAUAACUACAGGCAUAUCAUUGGAGAGGGCCACUUUGGCAAGGUUUAUAUGGGGACUCUGGAAGACAAACAACAUGUGGCUAUAAAGAUCUCCAUCAAAGUCGACAAGGACAUGAAGAAGGAAUUCAUCGACGAGGUUAUAAUACAGUCCGGAAUGAGGCACAAGAACAUCUCAGGCUCCUAG